AUGUUAGAGCCCGAGAAACUAGAAUGGCUGCGCAAAAAUCAACCAAAGCUACGAGUGUCCAAGUACAACUCUUUGCAUGAAGAAGGCGACCAAAGUCAAGCUCCAGGUUUAAGCAUAGGUAAACGAGUGGUGUUGCCUUCGUCCUUUGUUGGCGGUCGUAGGUUUAUGGAUCAACUGUACUACGAUGGAAUGGCUAUAUGCAGUAAAGUUGGAUUUCCAGAUUUGUUUAUUACUUUUACCUGUAACCCGAAUUGGCCUGAGAUUCAAAGGGUUCUUGGUCCUCUACAUUUGAGUCCUCAAGAUCGACCGGAUAUCAUUUCUAGAGUUUUCAAAAUCAAGUUUGAUCAAUUGCUUUCAGAUUUGACCAAAAAAGGUGUUCUUGGCAAAGUGCUUGCUUAUAUGUACACCAUUGAAUUUCAAAAAAGAGGAUUGCCUCAUGCCCAUAUAUUGAUCUUCUUGCACCCUUCAAACAAAUAUCCAAGACCGGAAGACAUUGACAAGAUCAUUAGUGCUGAAGUGCCCGAUCCCGAAACACAACCUCGGCUGUACAAUUUGGUCAAAGCUCACAUGGUUCACGGUCCUUGUGGUUUGAAAUUCCAAAGUACAACUAUAGUGGACCAAGAAGGCUACCCGGUUUAUAGGAGAAGAAACAACGGACACACCAUUCAAAAGAAAGACAUCAUUUUUCAUAGUGGUCAUGUUGUUCCUCACAAUCCAAGUUUGUUGUUGAAAUACGAAGCCCACAUCAACAUGGAAUGGUGCAAUCAAAACACUUCUAUCAAAUACCUUUUCAAAUAUAUUAAUAAAGGGUCCGAUAGAAUUUCAGCAAUCAUACAAGCAUGUUGGCGGAUAUUUUCUUAUUCUAUACAUGGCAGGAAACCAGCUGUAGAAAGAUUGUUUUUUCACAUGGAAGGUGAAAACUCCGUGUACUACAAAGACUACGAGCAGGUUGGUGAUGUGUUGCUCAAACCAAGUGUAACGGAGUCCAUGUUUACGGCUUGGUUUGAAGCAAACAAAACUUAUGAGGAAGCAAGAUUACUAACUUAUGGUGACUUUGUUUCUAAAUUUGUUUAUCACAAACGAAGUCGAAGUUGGAAACCAAGAAAGCGAGGGUAUACCAUUGGUCGACUGAUUUGGGUUCCGCAAUCCACUGGCGAGUUGUUUUAUUUAAGGAUGAUGCUUACCGUCAAGAAAGGUCCGUUAUGCUAUACAGACAUCAAAACGGUUGAUGGUAAGAAGUGCAAAACUUUUAGAGAUGCGUGCUUUGCGAUGGGGUUUUUACAAGAUGAUCGUGAAUUUGUCGAGGCAAUCAAAGAGGCGCAUCUUUGGGGGUCGGGUCCUUUUUUACGCAAACUAUUUGUGACAAUGUUGCUUUCGGCAUCCAUGAAUAGACCUGAACAUGUUUGGAGAAAGACUUGGAGAUAUUUAUCGGAUGGCAUUCUUUAUGAUCAACGGUUAUUCGCAAGAGAUCAAGGUUUGACCAUGAGCGAUGCCGAGCUAAAGGAACGAACACUAAUGGCUAUUGAAAUACUAUUGCAAAAUAAUAACCGUAGUUUGAAGGACUUCAAACCAAUGCCAGUUCCAAAAGAGGAUGUCGUUUUCUUUACCGGAAAUAGAUUACUUUAUGAUGAACGUCAAUAUGAUGUUGUUGAACAACAACAAAUUUUUGAACAUUCGUCUGCUUCUUUUACAGGUAAUAUGACUCUCUUCUUACAACAAUUUCAAAUAGUUUAA